UGCCAGCUGUCAAAAGCCAACUGAAUUUUCAACAUCUUGCGACGCUUCGUUUUAUUGAUCCACUAAAAAAAACGACGACUCCACUCGUACUCGUGUUAGCAGAACAAGGCGUGCUCGCAACAGUGUAACUGAAAUUUUCAACCCGCUUGGCGAAGUCUGUCCGCUUGCUGUUAUCGUGUUAUCAUCAUCAUGUCGUCGACAAACUUUAACGUUGGUGUGGCAGCAGAAUCGAAACCAUCGAGUCGCGUACUGAAACCUCCGGGCGGUGGCCAUUCGGACAUUUUCGGUGCCACGGAUGUGCGACAAAAUCCGCCCCGACCGAAGAACAACCAGCAAAACUCAUCCAACAUGAAUGCCGUGAUGGGUACGAUGGACCCGAACGAAACGCACGAUGGGUCGAAGCGCACCACGGCGGCACCGUCUUCAACCACCGGUGGUGACAGUGCAUCGACACCAGCCCAAAAUGGAUCCGCCACGGCGUCAUCGAACGGUUCAUCGUUGGGCGGUGGUGGUGCGGAAGCCAGCAAGCCCGGAUCGGCCUCGUCGGAACGGGCCCGUGUACCACCGGGUGGCCACUCGCAAGGUUUCUGGUGAUUUCCCUGGCCCUUGUACACCCCCUACACCAACACCACCCUCUACACAUCGAAGCCGCAGUAUCGCGCAUUGCAUUGCACCUGCUCUUUGCAUCGGAACCAAAACUCACGGGAUGUGGUCAACACCCGCACGCCAGGUCUCGGCUUUUCUAUGUUUACAUCGUGUGUACUCUACUCUGUAGCCUCUACCUCCCGUGAAGUGUGAGCAACAACGUGUGUCCGGCCGCUCACGGAGAGUGCUCCAUUUUGUUUGUUAGUGUCUUGUGUACCUCGAUAUUCUUGAUAGCUUUUAAAACACUUACACACCUCCCCCCAACACACAAAACACCCUUCGCUAGCCUUCGCCUCGUGCGGUGGCUAGCAGUACUGCCAAAAAAACAAAAGACGACACAAAAACCUUUACUUAAUGCUACUACUACUAACUAUUACUUUCUAAUUGUGUAUUUUGCGUAUGGUAUUAUAACUUCCAAAAAAAAGUGAACCGUGAGCUGGGACCACCAGACCAAUGUCGCCGGGGGCCCUUUCUCUCUUACACAAAUGACGGAACAAAUAAAUUAUACACUACAGCUUAAUUAAAAGCCAGCUGCAUUGA